UAUAGACCGACCCUUUUAAUUAAUUGCCCAUAUGACGUGUCAAAAUAAGAAGUAAAUACCGUUACAAUCUUCCAGAUGUGUGUGUGUGUUGUAUUUAUAGAUUUAUUAUUAGCGAUAUAAAAUCAAUUAUUUUACGUGUACAUUCAUAACGAAAGCAGUCUAUUAUGUUUUUUCACUGAGAGAGAAAGUUAAUUGUUCACGCUCGGUCGGCUUUCGGUAGCAAAAUGCGUUAAUUUCUUAUUGCGAAAUGAGCAACGAGGAAGAGCACAGCUUAGAGUACAUUGAGGAUCCGUAUUUUAAUCCGAACGACAGUACCUCAACGCCUAGUUUAGAUGAACUAAGCGAUUGCGGCGAUCACGAGUACGACCUGUUUGAUUUGAGACAGCUUGAUUUUGACGAUUUAAAUGGAAAUUUACUAAACGACGAGUCGGUGAAUGUCGAAACAGAGUUUUUCAACGCGACUAGGGCGAAUGCGAUUAUACGGACGUUUUUUAAGAGGGCUUUCCAGCGACAGGUGCGGGUGACUUACUGCGAUUUAACUAAACCGUAUUUGGUCAAGUUGCCUAAGGAGGGUAAUUUUAGGAAGUAUUUAGAUAUUAGUGUGAGCGAGGAGGCGAUGAUUGCAGAAGGUGUUGCUCAGGAUGUGUCGCAUCUCUCCUUUGAAGAGCAGGAACAUCAAAGGUCCAUAUGGCGAGCAGAAUUGGCACAAGUUGAAGAUGAAAUUGCUACCUUGCGUACGGUGCUAGCAUCGAAGAUGAAGCGCAGUGCCGAGUUGAAGCGUAAUCUUGGUAUAACGGUCUGGAAAGAAAUUUCCGAUGACAUGAAUCAAGGCAUUAAAAAUGUAAAAGAAAGUAACGUUUAUCAAACCGUGGAACAAAAGGUGGGCCAAGUCACUAAAGCUGUAACCGAUGCUCCAAUCUAUCAAAAAACAUCCUCAGUGAUUGGUGGUAUCACCGGAAGCAUUUCAAACAAAUUAGGUCAAAUGAGACAUUCCGAUUCCUUCAAAUCGAUCGAGGAGAGAGUUGGGUCCGCAUAUGAAAACGUUAAGACCAAAGUAUCUUCGAGAUCAAGCUCAAUACAAAACUUGGAUGAUGCCGGUCGAUCGAGGUCUGGAUCAGUGGCCACAACCCCCAUUGCGGAGGAUAAACCAUUGGCAUAAGUGCCGUUUUUGCCUUUAUUGCUUUCUUCUUUUACAUAAUUCACUGUCUGUACCAUGUGAGGAACUCUUUUUAUAACAAUAUAUUUAAAAUAAGCCGCAUAGCUUUUGUACAGCGAAAUUGUAUGUAAAUUCUUUGGUCUUAUCAUAUUA